UUAGUUUUUAGAUAUGGUUUGGCUGAUUUCAGCUUUGUUGAACUUUAACCUUUCAUCAGCUAUAUUCACUUUUUUAUUGUUUUGUAAAAAUAUAGAAAGUUCAAAGUUCUCCAUUUUGCACCACAUCUAAAUAUGCAGGAUCUGACUACAGUCACAGUAGAAUAUAGUAGCCUGGUAGUAUGAGUGUAUUUGUGCAGAUAAUGAGGGGCGGCUCUCCUCCUCCCACCGCCCACUCCCUGUCCGCCCACCAGCGGACUCCGUCAUUUCUUUAACCCAUCCAUCACUUGUUGGAUGUGUCCGUUUGGAAUGAAUUUUCUGGUUGUUCUUUUCCAUCUAGGAGUCCACUGAAGCAUCCCGCCGCUCUCCAUAAAAUCGCCUUUUUUUAAAACGUCUUCGUGCGCGUAAAAGGCGCGUUUUCCUGGAGCGUCCCGUGCGGUUCGCUGCAAGCGUCUCCCAGUGAUGAUGAUGAAGGUGAUGCUGUGGUUCUGGUUGUCCCCGCAGCCUUGUGUCUGACCUCCAGUCUGCAGCGGGUUCCACAGCGGGCAGUGUGUUUGGUUUCACCCCGGCGGCGGACUGCGCCUCCCGGACUCCGGCGCAGAUUGGAGAAGUUCCGCUGCGGUCCGGUCCAGGCUCCGCGCGCGCCUCUGCUGUCCUGCUGCUGCUGCUGCUGGGCUUUUCCAGUCCCACUUCACAGGAUUAAUACCAGGCGAACUGUAGAGACCAUGUAACAGAAUCAGAUCUGUUACAGUUUGGGUUUCCCGGUGGUGUGAUUUUUCUUCUGUAAUCCUUGAUCUGACUGCUGUUCAAACCAAAUAUUCAGCCAACACUCUUCUGAUGUGUUAAGCAACUUUGCUGAACGUUUGAUGGAGAGCUGGUCGGAUGACAGCUGGAACUGUUGUCAUAACUGGAGGAAUACUGGCCACAGUGAUACUUCUGUGUAUCAUAGCCGUGCUCUGUUACUGUAGACUCCAGUACUACUGCUGUAAGAACAAUGGCUCUGACAGCGGCUCCAUCUCUCAGCAACACUUCGCCUGCAACACCUGCAGCCUCACUGGCCUGGACGGACCAAUCGGCACCCCUCUGUCCCUGUCGCCCCCGGAGCUGCCCAAAUCCUCCAACCCCACCAAACCGGCCGGGGGGCAACGCCGCUACUGCCCCAGCUGCUCACCGUACGACUCGCCCUUCUACAUCCGCACCACRGAUGAAAUGCGCAACGGUGGCGAGAGGGUCACCUACAUGCCCACGCACUACGACAACCAGGCGCUGUCGAUGCCGCUGCCCGCUGUCCGAGGCUCCCUGCUGAGGGACGCCCAGCGAGGCCGGCCUCCGGAUUUCUACACCAACACCCGAGCCAUCAGCACAGAGGUGUAAACCCCCCCCCCCCCCAA